AUGGCGGCUUUGGCAGCCCUGCGCUCUUCAGCCAUGUUGGUCCUCUGCGAGAGUGAGGCUGCCAUGGCACGGAAAGCGGUGGUGCUACAGGGCCUGCGCUGCCGAGCUGCAGAAAUGGCACUGCAAGCGGUCGCCACCCUGGCCGAGGAAGGGCUUCUCCCAACAGUCUCUUUGGUUCUGGAUAGGACUUGCGCUUAUGCCAAGCGCCGUCGCUGGUGUGUGGGCUUGGAUUCAGCGAAGGAGGGUCUGGGCCUGCUUCUCCAGCGUGGUUGGCUGCAGGAGGAGGCCUCGCUCUUCUACACCUUCUUUCGCUGCACCGAAGCAGUCUUCGACUUUAAGGCACCGAUUUGGCCGAGCCCGGCCUUGGCUCCUCUUUGGGCCGAGCUGGCAAAGCUCAAGGCGGAGGCACAGGAACGACAUGGAGCGGGCCGUCUCCUGGCUCUUGCGCUCUGA